AUGGCUGCGCCCGAGGUCCACCAUCUCUUCCACAACCCCAUCGCCGACCACUCCUUCUCGGCCGACCGAUCGACCUUGGCCAUCGCACGAGACUCGACUGUCGAGCUGUACGGCAAGGCUGGAAACGCUUUCAAGCUGCAGGAUGAGCUGAAAGGCCAUGACAAGACCGUCACCAGCAUCGAUAUUGCGCCAAACUCGGGCCGCAUCGUGUCGUGCUCUCAGGACCGGAAUGCGCUUGUGUGGGAGCCUUCGCCUCAGGGCUACAAGCCGACCCUUGUCCUGCUCCGAAUCAACCGGGCUGCUACCUUCGUCCGUUGGUCCCCUUCAGAGACCAAGUUCGCUGUCGGAUCCGGCGACCGCGUGAUUGCUAUCUGCUACUUUGAAGAAGAGAACGACUGGUGGGUGUCCAAGCACCUCAAGAAGCCCAUUCGGAGUACCAUCACCUCGGUGGCAUGGCACCCUAACUCCGUACUUCUCGCUGCUGGCUCCACCGACGCCCACGCCCGAGUCUUUUCGAGUUUCAUCAAGUCAGUGGACCAACGUCCGGAGCCGAGUGCUUGGGGCGAGAGACUGCCCUUUAACACCGUCUGUGGAGAGUUUCUGAACAACUCGGCUGGAUGGGUCCACUCGGUUGCGUUCUCUCCAAGUGGUAACGCGCUGGCCUUCGCUGCCCACGACAGCAGCAUCACUGUCGUUUACCCCAGUGCUCCUGACCAGCCGCCGAGGGCAGUCCUUAGCGUCACCACCCAGUUGCUUCCCUUCCAGAGCUUGUUCUGGGCUAGUGAGGCUGAGAUCAUCGCUGCUGGCAACGACUGCGAGGCAUUCCGCUUCCAAGGUGGCGAGACAGGUUGGCAGCUUGCGGGCUCUCUGGAAUCCAAGGGCAGACCAGGCUUGGGUGAUGCUCCCGAAGAAUCUGCUUUGAACAUGUUCAAGCAGAUGGAUCUGAAGGGCAAAGUGAAGGACGAUACGAAACUCUCCACGGUCCACCAAAACACCAUAACAAUGAUCCGCCCUUUUGAAUCUUCUGGGGGGUCUGUCACCAAGUUCAGCUCAACGGGAGUUGACGGAAGGGUCGUCAUCUGGCAUACCUAG